AUGGAGCGGCAGAGCUCGCUGGAGACGCUGGUGGACGUGCUGGUGAGCGUCCUGCAGGCCAACGACUGGCAGGAGACCAACCUGGUGCUCUGCCACCCCUGGGACGUCUCCGGCUUCCUCGGCCUCUGGGCCCGACGCUCCCGGCUCUUCCUCCGCACCGUCCUGGACCUCGGCUACCUGGACGAGCCUGGGGCCACCAGCUACCUCCGGCAGCACGGGGAGCACUUCAGGGCCCUCUCCAGCCCCGUGCUGGUGCUUGGCUGCGACCUGCGGCGCGCUCGGCUCAUCUUCCAGGUGGCCGAGGAGUCGGGGCUGCUGCCGCAGGAGUUCCAUUGGAUGCUGGGCUCCCCGCUCAGUGCUGGAGAGCUGCAGACCGAGGGGCUGCCCCUGGGGCUACUGGCCUACGGGGAGGUCAGCCGGCCACCACUGGAGCUCUUCAUCCAGGACGCGGUGGAGCUGGUGUCCCGGGCCAUCGGCAGCGCCGCCCGCGUCCGCCCCGACCUGGCUCUGCUGCAGACGAUGGUGAACUGCAACGACAGGCACCGGGCGGGCAGUGAGUCCUCGGGGCUCUUCCUCUCCCGGUUCAUGGCCAACACGUCCUUCCACGGCCGGACAGGGACCGUGCGGGUGGAGAACGCGACGCUGGUGCGGCCGGAGCAGCAGUUCCACGUCUGGAGCCUGCGGCGGGACUCGCGGGGGGACCCCACCUGGGUGACG